AUGAAAGACGUUCACAAGCACCUCGAUGAGCAUGAGGCGGGAGAAGCUGUACCGGAAGAUACGAAGGAAAGAUUGUCGGUCGAGAAGCCAAAGACCGAGUGGGCGCGCCGGGCGAUCGACAGAUGGCAACUUCUGCCGCCGUAUGACACUUCCAUCGAUGAUAGCGCCUGGAAGGACUAUUAUGAGGAGCGUCUCGCUCUCGAAGAACUGAACAAGAUCGAGACACCCGAAGCCAAUAGACUCCUGGCGUCUCAAGUAUUCGAUAAAAAGAGUAUUGAGCUCCUUCGCCAAGCUCGUAAAGACAUCGCACGGGUCCUUCGUGGCGCGGCGCUUUGGGACGGCGCACGCGAGGGUUACCCACGUUCCGCCAGCAGUGGUCUGUACUUCACGAGCCUCUCCAGUGUAUCUGGCAUCCUACCACCGGGGUCCAGAGUGGAAGGCCCAGAGCUCUCCGUCAGAGUGAAGACGCGCCUCUACUCACCGCUGGGCUUGGGUACAUCGCUCGAUCUCUAUUAUAAUCACCACAUCAUGCGGCCCCAGUCGGCUAGCUUCAGAAAUCUCUCCACCUUGCUCGCUCGUGAUCGCUCAAUCCAGGACUGUGAUACGCGCAACCCUGCGCUGUCAGGCGUCGUUCGAGCAACCGGAUAUGGGUACGUAGAAGAGCGGCUACCGGGGACCUCGGAGAUCUUGCAAGUGAUCGAUGAGAGAGUGUCGCACAUUGAUCAGGCGGCGUUACAUGAGCUGGAAAAGGCGCUAUUCGGCACUUCGCGCUGGCUAUCUCCUCGUAAGAUCUUGCAAUUGGUGAUCACUGCGGCGUUGGCCGGCGAGCACUGGCAGGAGAGUUGGUCGUUCUCUAGUCUCAACGAGGUCCCACCCAAGCUACCGAAGAGAGAUGGCGAGACUGACGAGGGUGAGUAUCGCGAAGAGGAUCAACGGCAGUUGGAGGAAGGGUAG